AUGGCGCCGGCCGACGGAUCCCCCGCUGCCGAUCCGGCUGUGAAGCCCUCCACAACUUCGGCAGAUGAAUCAAUCCCCACAAACGGCAGCGCGAAGAACGGCAACGGCCGCGCGACGGCAUCCGCAACUCCCGCCGCGACGUACGUCGGCUCGCUCUGCCAGCUCUCCGCGCCGCUACCGACAAAAGUCGCGCUGGUCAACGCGGAUCAGCUCGUAGAAUCCCCGGAGGAGGAGGCGGAAUGCGAGACCAUGGAGCAAGCCGUGCUCUCCGCGCUCGACGCGCUUCCGAAGGACAUCGACCGUUACAUGUACCUCCGCGCGACGCGCGAGGCGGACGAGGAGUUAUUCUUCCGCCUACUAAUGGAUCACACGGAGGAGGUUCUUCCGUACAUUUACACCCCAACGGUCGGGGAGGCCUGCCAACGCUACCACGAGCUCGGGAUCGUUCCUAACGGGAUCUACCUCACGGCGGCGGAUAAGGGUCACUUUCUGGAGCGUCUCCGCGCCGCGUGCCCGCACAGCGGCAUUCGAGUGAUCGUGGUGACGGACGGAGAGAGGAUCCUGGGUCUCGGGGACCAGGGCGCGGGGGGGAUGGGGAUCAGCGAGGGGAAGAUCCUGCUUUACACCGCGAUGGCGGGGUUAGAUCCGCGUCGCGCCCUGCCGGUGAUGCUGGACGUGGGGACUAAUAACGAGAAGCUUCUAUCGGAUCCGGGGUACAAGGGCCUGCGGCAGCGGCGGAUGCGCGGUCCGGAGUACGACGAGCUCGUGGACGAGCUUAUGACCGCGGCGCGCACGUUGAAGCCGCACGUGCUGCUGCAGUUCGAGGAUUUCGGCAACUGCAACGCGUUUCGGCUGCUCGAGCGAUACCAGCACACGCAAUGCUGCUUCAACGACGAUAUCCAGGGUACGGCGUGCAUCACGCUCGCGGGAUUGCUCUCCGCGCUCCGCGUCACCGGGCGGCCGCUAGAGGAGCAGCGGAUUCUGUUCCUCGGCGCGGGGGAGGCGGGGACGGGGAUCGCGCAGCUGAUCGCGCAGGCGAUGAAUCGACGGUGCGGAAUGGAUCUCGCCGCGGCGCGGCAGCGGUGCUUGUUUAUCGACUCCAAAGGCCUCGUGUGCAAGGAGCGCGAGUUAAAGGGCGAGCUGCAGGAUCAUAAGAUUCCGUUCGCGCACGAUCUGCCGUACCAGCCGGAUUUGAUCUCGGCCGUUCAUGAGUUCCGGCCGACGGUGCUGGUCGGCGUGUCGGCGCAGGCGAACGCGUUUUCCAAGGAGGUGGUUGAAGCGAUGGGUGUUUAUAACGAUCGGCCCGUGAUCUUCCCGCUCUCGAACCCCACGUCCAAGGCGGAGUGUUCUUAUAAAGAGGCGUUCAAAUACACGGGCGGCCGCGUGGUGUUCGCGAGCGGAAGCCCAUUUCCCCCGCUGGUGGCGGAAUCGGCGGAGCCGGGCGGCGGGAAGGUGACGAUGUAUCCCGCGCAGGCUAAUAACGCGUACGUGUUCGGGCCUAUCGGCAUGGCGGCGCUCUUAACCAGGUGCAGCAGUAUCACGGAUGACGUGUUCCUGUCGACCGCGGAAUUCCUGGCGCAACUCACGCCGCAGGCGCAUCUGGACCGCGGAAUGCUCUUCCCCUCGCUCUCCGCCAUGAAGGUAAGCACGCGCGCGCAUGCUCUCCCUCCCGCGCCCCUUUCUCCCCUCCUCCCCCCUCCUCCACCCCCUUUCACAUUGUUCCUUCAACUGGCGCUCGUACCGUUGCUUAUAGCGCGUAUAUCCGAGUUCAUGGUGGCGGAGGGGCUGGGCACCCCCCCGCCCGCGGUGGGCGCGGGGACGGUGGCGGAGUGGGAGCGCCACGCGCGCGCAAGCAUGUACCACCCGCACCCGCACGGCCCGCUCGCGCUCCCAGCUGUCCCCAGCGACUCGGAGGAGCUCCAGGGCUGGGCGGGCGCGGGCGCAGGCGCGGGCGCGGGGACAGGCGCGGGCGCGGCGCAGGCGGAGCAGAGUCAGCUGCAGGACGUGGUGCAUCAGCACCUGCACAUGCCGGGGGGACCGGAGGUUGAGGUGAGCGCGGGCGACAUGGCGGAACUGGCGGACAUGUGCCGCGACUUCCAGCAAUACCUGCUGGACCGCCGCCUCAAGGAGAACGGCGUCGCCGUCUUCAUCAAGCCCUCCGCGCUCCCCGCCGCCGCUGGCGCGGCUGCUACUGCUGCUGCUUCUGUUGCUGGCGCGGGGUUGAAGGAGAUGCGCGGGGUGUACCUGUCGGGGAAGGACCGCGGGCAGAUGCUGCAGCGGCUGCAGCGGUGGGGGGAGCAGCGCGCGGAGGUGGGGAAGGACGUUGAUGCGGUGCCGGUGUGCUGUGUGUCGCUGGAUGGUAUGUUGUCUGCUUUGGAGGAAGCUGAUGGUGUUGUAGCGGAAUUCGGAGUGGCUUUUAUGGAGGAUGCUGCUGAUGGGGAGCCGAGGGGUGCGGUGACCAAGGGGAAGGCGACGACGAAUGGCGUGGCGACAAGUGGCAACGGAGGGGCAGGAGUGGGAGGGGAGACGGCAGAUCUGGUGGGACUGCAGGACGUGAAGGAGUGUACUCUGGAUGGCGGCAAUAACGACCUUAUCUGCACUGGUUCUCUCACCUCUCCCUCGGGUCCCUCCACACGCAAGACCCAGUACAAGACCCGAGCUGUCCCUCACAGGCUUGCCAUUCCCUCCUCUCUGCCUUACUGCGCGCCCUUCACUAACACCCGCUCCCUUGCCGCGCCCACCCUGCGCCUGUCCGUGUCUCGGGCUGGUUUGGGUGGUUACCGUGCCUCGGCUGCUGGUUCGGUGAAGGCAGGGGUGCCUGUGGCUGGCGUGGUUGCCUUGGGUGUUGGGCUGAGGUUUGCAUUUGCAUGA